GUCUCUCCGUCUCCUCGAGCAGGAGGUGCGUUAAUCAGCAGCAGCUGUGAGCGCGCGCGCUUCUUAAUAGGGAUAUGCUUUUUUGGACGCACGUAUAUUUUUAUUAUUAUUGUUAUUAAUAUUAUUAUUAAUAAUAUCAAUAAACAGCCGUUUUAAACUUGUCGGGACUGUAAGCUUUAUCUGUUUACACAGAGGAAGUUACUUGAAGUUCCAGAGCUGCAGUGUCCUGCACACAUCAUGUCCUCUGAGGCUUCAUCCCCGGUGCGGGCAGCUCCGUCCACAACCCCUCCGAUCUCCCCUACUUCCCCCAUCUCCCCUAGCUCUCUGCGUCUGCCCCCCUGCCGCCAGAGACCCCGCUCACCCUCGCCCAUGAGGGGCUUCCUGAUCCCCAGCCCACUGCCCACUCGCCGCAACCGCACCAGCUCUGCGACGGCCAGGGCAGCCGAGGGUCCACUCUUCACCGGGGUUUGCAAGGGCUUCUCCCGGUCUAAAGGUCACGGCUUCAUCAGACCGUCAGACGGAGGUGCGGACAUCUUCGUACAUAUCUCAGAUAUCGAGGGAGAGUACGUUCCAGUAGAAGGGGACGAGGUGAGCUAUAAAAUCUGCUCCAUUCCACCCAAGCAUGAGAAGGUUCAAGCCGUGGAAGUGACCAUAACUCACCUGGCACCUGGCACUAAACACGAGACGUGGUCAGGAACCGUGAUCGACUCCUGAACGGAGAGACCGGUGCUCAGUUUUUUUCCUGGACCGCUGUGGUGAUGGCCGGCUGUGGGAGAGCAGUGUGACCGAUCAUGAGCAGGUGGAAGAAGACGUUUGCCUUGAUGCGUAUAUUUUUUGUGAAUUUUGAUUAAAAUCUCAUUAGCUUUUUUGCCCUCUCUCUUUUGAAACAAAAGGAGAAAUCUUUGCUGACCCGAUUGCUUACACUAACCAUUUGUACUUCUGUAUUGUUGGUUUUGUUUGUUACUCAUUUUGGUGGAUUACAGAGACAUAAAUAAAUAAAGCCUUAAAUCAUGUGUGAAA